GCCAGCGACAGAACGUGAGAGGGGGCGGCGCGUAAGGAGGUCACGUGGUGUCAGAGCGGAGGAGCCGCAGAGUAACUUGUAAAUACUGUUAUUUGUAUAUACUGUAAAUGAUGACCUCGGUGGCCACAAACCGCACCCGGGGCAACUGGGAACAGACACAGAAUCAGACGCAGCACAAGCAAAGGCCACAGGCAACCGCGGAGCAGAUCAGACUCGCACAGAUGAUUUCAGACCAGAGCGAUGCAGAUUUCGAGGAAAAUGUCAGAAAGUUAAUCGACAUCACAGGGAAGAAUCAGGACGAGUGUGUGAUCGCGCUGCACGACUGCAAUGGGGACGUCACCCGAGCCAUCAAUGUUUUGCUGGAAGGCAACCCAGACACUGAUUCGUGGGAAAUGGUGGGAAAGAAGAAAGGGGUUUCUGUACAGAAAGAGACGGGUCAGACAGAAUCCAACGAGGAGGGCAGGGAGAACAGAGACAGAGAGCGGGAUGCCAGCCGGAGGCGCGGAGGAGCACCUAGGAGAGGCCGGGGGAGCAGCCGUGGCAGAGAGUUUCGGGCGCAGGAGAAUGGAUUGGAAGGCGGCAAAACUGGGGGCUCAUCUGGCAGAGGCACAGAUAGGGGGCGUCGAGGACGCGGAAGAGGCAGAGGAGGAUCUGGAAGGAGAGGUGGCCGUUUUUCUGCGCAGGGUAUGGGGACCUUUAACCCUGCAGACUAUGCAGAGCCGUCCAGUGCCGAGGACAGUUAUGGGAACAGCAACACAUGGAACAAUGCCUUUGAACCGGAUGAUGGGACAAGACUUGAUUACAUUGGGGGUGAGGGGUCAGAUUAUCCCCGAAAAUUUUCCACUGCUCCUGGUAUGAAAAAUCCAGGUGCUUGGAGGGCAGCUAGCGAGGAGUGGGGGACAGACGAUUGGAAUGAAGAUCUUUCCGAGACCAAGAUAUUCACAGCUUCCAGCGUGUCGUCUGCGCCCAUUCCCUCUGAAAGUGUCACAAUCACCGCUGGGCAGAGGAUCGACCUGGCCGUGCUGCUGGGAAAGAGUCCUUCAUCCGCAGAAAACGAGGCAUCGGGUCUGGAGUCUUCUCAAAACGCAGCCUUGUCUCAGCCCCUCGUAUUCAGCAGCUCCAAGCAGAACCCCAUCUCCCAGGCUAGCCCUGGGGGUGGCUUCUCGCAUCACAGCAUGGUCAGCAUGCUCAGUAAGAGCUUCGGCGAGGGUGAGCCCAAAGGCGGCAGCGGCAGCAGCACCGGCUCGCAGUUCCUGGAGCAGUUUAAGACGGCGCAGGCCCUGGCGCAGCUGGCAGCCCAGCAUUCCCAGUCUGAUGGUAGCAGCACCACUUCAUGGGACCUCGGGUCAGCAGCACAACCCCCGUCGCUGGGGCAGUUUGAUCUGAAAAAUUCGUCAGAUCCGUUCAGCAAGCGCCAGAGCUUCCCCCCGGCGUCUGCCAUGAUGGACGUGUACCUGCAGGAGAAGACGCCCGCGGUCAGUGCUCCGUCAGCGGUGCCGGUGUGCCCAUCCUCUCCUCUGCCUACAAAACCCAACUCUGCUCCCCAAAUGUCCCCGGGAUCCUCGGACAACCAGUCCAGCAGCCCCCAGCCUGCGCACCACAAGAUGAAACCGCAGAAGAAGAAGGCUUCGCUUACAUCCAAGAUUCCAGCUCUCGCUGUGGAAAUGCCCGGGACAGCUGACAUCUCCGGGCUCAACCUGCAGUUUGGGGCCCUGCAAUUUGGCUCCGAGCCGGUCUUACCAGAGUAUGAGUCCCCCACUACGAACGUGACCGUGAGCCAGACGCAGGAUAGCUUGUACACCAGCCCCACGAGUGAGACGGUCAGCUCUGUGGUGAGCAGCCAGACCCCGGAGUCUGCGUAUCAGAGCAGCGGUAUACAGACGGGAACGUUUACCUCGCAGAGCAGCACCCAGGGCCCUCUAUAUGAGCAGCGGGCCACACAGACCCGGCGCUACCCUAACCCCAUCUCCUCCUCUCCACAGAAGGAUAUCAGCCAGCCCAAGAAUGGCUUCGGUUCGGUGCCGGCUCCCGCCUUGCAGGCUCCUGUAUCAGCGGAAGCUCCCUCUGCAGCCUCCGUAAAAGCAGAUUCGCCGUCUGCCGGCAGCAUCUUUCUCUUCGCUGACGCCGUGUCUGCGCCGUCUGUGCCGACCCCAGCCGCCCCGCACUCUUCACAAAUGAGCAGCUCGGGCCACGCAGAGGAUCUGCAAACCACCCCUGCCCCCUCGCAGCUCAGCAGUUCGUUAUCGUCUCAGCAUCAGGCUUCUGUGCCAUCGACGGUGAGGACAUCGGUGUCUACACCCCUGCACACCAGCGUGGAGAGCGAUACCGGCUUGCACCCGACCGUCACCACCUUCUCGACCGCCUCCGGCAGCGUCUCUUCCGCCCCACCUGCCUCCUCCAGCUUGAAUGUCGGCGGUUUGCGGCUGGAGAUGGGCGGCAGCUCCACCAUUGCCCCAUCCACGAGGAACUCUAUCGCUUCCACGUCUGGUAAAGCUCCCCCGAACCUGCCUCCUGGUGUUCCCCCACUGUUACCAAAUCCAUACAUCAUGGCUCCUGGUCUGUUACACGCCUAUCCCCCACAGGUUUAUGGUUAUGACGACCUCCAAAUGCUGCAGACUAGGUUUCCUUUAGAUUAUUAUAGCAUCCCGUUCCCGACGCCCAACACUCCACUAACCGGGAGAGAUGCCAGCCUGACGAGUAACCCUUAUUCAGGUGACCUAGCCAAGUUCAGCCGUGGAGACGCGUCUUCCCCGGCUCCGGCCACAACGCUAGCGCAACCGCAGCAGAGCCAGACGCAAGGCCAUCAUACGACGCAGCAAACAUUCCUCAAUCCGGCCCUGCCACCCGGUUACAGCUACACCAGCCUGCCCUACUACACCGGGGUACCGGGUCUGCCCAGCACUUUCCAGUAUACGCCUGCCGUGUUCCCAGUGGCUCCUACCUCUUCCAAGCAGCACGGGGUGAAUGUCGGUGUGAACACAUCAGCGGCUGCGUUCCAGCAAGCCCCGAGCUACGGGUCCCACGGAUACAGCACAGGCUUUGAUGACUUGUGCCAGGUGUCCAGCGUGGGGGAUUUCUGUAAGGGUGCAUUUAUUGGGGCUUCUGCUGCUCAGACUAAACCUGCUGCUGCUUCCACCAAUGGACCAGGCGCUGGUGUGUCGGUCACCUCUAGCAACACGGGAGUGCCUGACAUCUCUGGCUCUGUUUAUUCUAAGACACAGCAAUCUUUCGAGAAGCAGGGAUUCACCCCAGCCACAUCUUUCAACCUGCCCUCGGCCCUAGGAAGCGGUGGCCCUAUCAACCCAGCUACGGCAGCCGCCUACCCCCCAGCUCCGUUCAUGCACAUCCUAGCUCCUCCUCAUCAGCAGCCUCACUCCCAGAUCCUCCACCAUCACCUCCAACAGGAAGCUCAGGGUGGCGCUGGACAACGGACCCAGGGAGCGUCUAUGGCACAGAAAUCUCAGGCCAACAAGUCUGCGUACAGCAGUUACAGCUGGGGGACCAACUAGCCUGAGGAACGGCUCCCCCUCCAGCCCCCAAAGAAAAUUGCGUGACGGCGAAGUGUUGACCGGAGCAGCAAAAUGAUAGAGAACCCCCCCCCAUACAGGGCCCUCUUUACCCUCUCCAUUCUUCUCGUUAUAUGUAAUAUAGAGUUUGUAUUUUUUCUCCCUGUUUUCUGCAGUCAGGUUCUGAAAUGUUGGCUAUUUUAGGGGAGGGUUGGCCUUUUUGUUUUAUUUUCCUCUGUUUUUGUUUUAUUUUUCUCCCCUUUCUUUACCUUUUUUGUGGAGGUAACCAAAAGGGGGGAGGAAGAGGCCCCAUCCUGUGCGCAGUUUCUGUAUACGUAGGAUGGAUCGCUAUGAAACCUGCAUUCUAUGAUUAGUUGAUGUGUUUCUUUUUGUACUGUGUUCUAAAUUUAAUGGAUAAACGUGUCUUGUAUAUAAACGGAAAACACAGCUGAA